AUGGCACCGAAUUUACCUAUCAGACCAAAUGUAUACGGAACAUCUGGGCCAACUGCUGGAGGCGUGGUGAACGAAAAUGUUCGGCUCUUGUGCCCACGCACAAACCUGUUGAGGCGCAUUAUAGCCAGGAGGCACCUUAAAUACGCCACUGUCCAGCGGCAUAUCAACGCUUCCCUCAACCUUCCUCACGAAGCUGCUCGUAAUCCGCCCACUGCACAGAACCGCACCGUUCAGAACCGCAGCGGCCAGUGCGCAGAGCACGAUCGCGGCUCCCGACGCGCCCAUCCUCUCCAGUUCCUUAACCUGCGCCGACCACACUCCUGGGUGAAAACAAAGUCCUAUAAUUAA